AUGCGGGAGAGCAUCAAGAUCGUCGGUUGUUCGGCUUGUUUGGGAAGAAGAAAGAAGAGGAGACAUGUGGCGGGUGUAGCUACGUAUGAGCAGGGACACGUAGGUGAGAUUCAUCCUACGCCUAUGUCUCAUGGCCACGUAGAGGAGGGUAAGGUCCAUGGCGAAGGCGAGGGGAAGAAAAAUGAAGGGGGCCUCAUGGAAAAGCUGCAUCGCACGAACAACUCUUCUUCCAGCUCUAUUUCUUGUGCCUUAAAUCUAUUUAAGUCUAGCGAUGAGGAAGAAGAUGGAAAGGGGGAGAAGAAAAAGAAGAAAAAGGUGGAUUGA